GAGCGCGUGCCUCGCGGUGUCACGUUCCCCUGGCUUCGAAUGACACAGGCGCGCACGCGAUCGACCGGUUCGGACGUGCGCGCGUCCGACCACGCGGGUUGACAAGCGCGUGUCACGAUGCGAUGCUGCUUCAAGAAGAUAGCCCGUCUGGUCACGUGCGUCAUCCUCAUCCUCCUGUAUCUUUUCUUAAUAACACUGAGGGAUCAUCGAAGGAAUGCGCAAGAUGGCGGAUCGUCACACAAUGUUUCCGUUUUUACGGAAGAGGAGGAGGAGGAGGAAAUCAUUUUUAAUAAUUUAAUCCCUCGAGACACGGAACUUCGCGAUCUGUUCGUGAGCGUGAAGACGACCAAAAUUUUCCAUCAGAACAGGUUGGAAAUACUCCUCAAGACCUGGUUUACCUUGGCACGCGAACAGACUUAUUUCUUUACCGAUACAGAUGAUCCUGUCUAUCAAGCCAAAACUAAUGGUCAUAUGAUAAAUACAAAUUGUUCCUCCUCACAUAACAGAAAGGCUCUCUGUUGCAAGAUGGCUGUCGAACUAGACACCUUCGUAGAAUCUGACAAAAAAUGGUUCUGCCAUUUUGAUGACGAUAACUAUGUAAAUGUGCCAAGGUUAGUGAACUUGUUGAAGAGUUAUCAACCCCAAGAUGAUUGGUAUUUGGGUAAACCGAGCAUACAUUCCCCAUUACAGAUGACAACUAGAGAUAAUGUUAAGUUAUCAUUUUGGUUUGCUACUGGAGGUGCAGGGUUUUGUUUGAGCAGAGCUUUGGUGUUGAAAAUGAUGCCAUUUACUAGUGAUGGCAAGUUUAUCAGUGUCGGAGAGAGGAUACGACUUCCGGAUGACGUCAGUCUGGGUUACGUCAUCGAGCAUCUGCUGAAGAAGAGGCUGACCGUUGUUGAACAAUUCCACUCACACUUAGAACCCAUGAAAUUCAUUAAACCUGAAGAAUAUAAAGAUCAGAUAACAUUCAGUUACUCACGGCUAGGACAAGAGAUGAACGUCCUUCCUAUAAGUGGUUUCGACAACAGGGUCGAUCCUACCAGGUUCCUUUCACUUCAUUGUUACCUCUUCCCAGAAGUUAAAUUUUGCAGCAGGUGACAAAAGAUUUUUGUACGGAACAUGUCAUGCCAACUGCUAGCUGUGAUAGAAAAUGAAUUUUUUACCUAUCAUUUUGUACUUUUUUACAUUUUGUAAAUGUUUAAAACUAUUGUGAAUACGGGUAAUUAAAUAAACAGAAAGU